AUGAUUUUAACUUUUGUCUUUAUUUUGUCCAUGCUGGAUUCGGUGCUCCCCUCAAAGGCUGACGGCGGCUCAGCGUCCCGUCCCUCCAGGCUGGACUGCGUGAAGGCCAGCGAGCACUGUCUGAAGGAGUACUCCUGCAGCACCAAGUACCGGACCAUGAGGCAGUGCGUGGCGGGCAGGGAGAGCAACUUCAGCGCGGUCACGGGUCCAGAGGCGCAGGGCGAGUGCCGCAGCGCCAUAGAUGCCAUGAAGCAGAGCUCCCUUUACAACUGCAGGUGCAGGAGGGGCAUGAAGAAGGAGAAGAAUUGUCUGCGGAUAUUUUGGAGUAUAUUUCAGAGUUUACAAGGUAAUGAUUUACUGGAAUACUCCCCGUAUGAGCCAGUCAAUAGCCGGCUCUCAGACAUCUUCCGCUUGGCUCCCAUCAUAGCUGCUGAGCCUGCUUCCCCUAAGGAGAACAACUGUUUGAAUGCUGCCAAGGCCUGUAACCUGAACGACACGUGUAAAAAAUAUCGCUCUGCUUACAUCAACCCCUGCACUAGCAGGGUGUCCGCUUCUGAAGUGUGCAACAAGCGCAAAUGCCACAAGGCUCUACGGCAGUUCUUUGACAAGGUUCCAACUAAAUACAGCUACGGGAUGCUUUUUUGCUCCUGUCCAACGGGAGAUAGGACAGCAUGCGCCGAGCGCAGGCGGCAAACCAUCGUACCGAUCUGUUCCUACGAGGAUAAAGACAGACCCAAUUGUCUGUCUCUCCAGAACACAUGCAAGACCAAUUACAUCUGCAGGUCGAGGCUGGCAGAUUUCUUCAGCAACUGUCAGUCAGAGAGUAGCUCCAAAUCUGGCUGUUUUAGAGAAAACUACGCCGACUGUCUGCUCGCUUAUUCUGGUCUGAUUGGUACAGUGAUGACUCCCAAUUAUCUGCGGUCUUCUGGUAUUAGCCUGUCACCGUGGUGCAACUGCAGCAGCAGUGGGAACAACAAGGCAGACUGCGAAAAAUUUGCAGAAUUUUUCACCAACAAUCGAUGUCUGCGUAACGCCAUCCAGGCAUUUGGAAAUGGUACUGACGUUGGUGUAUGGCAACCACAACCCCCAAUUAAUCCCACUGUAGAUCCGAGCAUCACCCGGAGGGGGAAAAACCCAACAAACAAUGUUGUGGACAUACAGACAGACGUGACCCAACUGAAGCUUAAUGGCAACUCGUAUGAUAUCUGUGGGACUUUGCAGGUCCAAAAUCUGGUUUCCAAUCAAACUGCGGGCACGGCGUUUUGUCCGAACCACCGGUUGGACGAGUCCAGCGCAUCGAACGCCAUUCCCAGAAGCUCACCAGCUCAACUGAACCGCUUCCACCCCUCAACUCUGCUCCUUGGCCUGGUCUUUGUUUUCACAUCUGCAGGACUACAGCUCAGAGGUUUCCAGCUGUUGUAGGAAGCCAGGACUAAAUAUCUGCCUUCUUGCCUCAAGAAGCCUUUCAAGUCAUUUUAUAUGAGAUGUUCGACCAAGUGGAACUCCGUUUUUUUUUUUCUAUAAGGGACAAAGAGAGAAACCCAGCGCAGUGAUAGCUCUAAAACCAUAGGCAAUAGUGGAAUAUAUUUGUGGAUUACAUGUUGACCGUCGCUGUGUAGAAAACAGACUCAAUCUGUUGCUGCCAUAUCUGCUUAUUUGCCUUCCAUGCCCCGUGGGAGCAAUUUGCAGGGACUUGGAGGAAAAAAAACCGAACGAAAGAAGAAACAAAAAAAUCACGCCUGAGAACCCUCGUUACGUGGAUAAAAUCUGAUUUGAUGUGAAUCAACUCAUGUCUUUGGAAAGUGCGCAAUCACUUGCCCAUUUGACUGAAUCGAGUGCCAAUAUGCUGAACGGCAUUUCAAGCGGAGAGUGAAUCAUUCUCCGCACGAUUUGUUUGAGCCGAGCAAAAAAAAAAAAAAAAAAAAGCGAAAG